UCACGCUCUCACAUCGUCAGCUGACAGAAUGCUGACCAAUCCUGUACAGUUCGUAGAGACCAAAAUGGCAGCAGUUAGCUGAAGGAGCAAUGUCGUAAUUGAAAUGGGUUUCCAGCUGUUGUUAAAUCCUUUAUUCUGCACACGCUUUCGUUCCAUGACGCUCAGAAUUGUUAUCAUCGCGUUAUGAACUUGGAAUUUAAGUAUUUUCUCGAGCAGAUGUUGUGUUUCCUAGCAGCUCAGUAACACCAUGGGCGGUAAACAAAGCACGACUACAUCGAAUUCACGAGGACUACCUUCUGGAUCUGCCGACAGUGGGACGGCGACAUCCACUGGAGCUGCAGGGGAGACAGGAGGUGGACUGUCUCUGUUGGCAGGUCCUCACCGAUCUGUGUCAGGGUCGAGUGCCGAUGCUAGAAUUCGGGCUCGGAGUCUAUCCAGUGUGUUGAACGGACACUCAGGACAACCCCUCACUAUACCACCAACGCAAAGUGGUUUCGGAACCCCUGACUCGCCUCCUGAGUCAGGAGCCAGCACACCGGAUAGUAUGCCGUUCGGUAGGGUCUUUGCAGCGCACUCGCUCCCUGUGCAGUUCGUGUCUUUCAACGGAAUCAAGUGUCCUGUAUGUUCCAAAUUUGUCCUGCCAGAUGACGUUGAGUGUCAUCUUGUCAUGUGCUUGACGAAGCCCCGCAUCAGUUACAAUGAUGACGUCCUAACCGAAGACAAGGGAGAGUGUGUAAUCUGCCUUGAGGACCUGACACAAGGGGACACAAUUGCUCGACUACCUUGCCUUUGCAUAUAUCACAAGAGGUGUAUAGACGCCUGGUUCGAAGUCAACCGCUCGUGCCCUGAACACCCACUCGACUGAUCCUCCUCUCAGAUAAUGGAGGCUUCCCAACCUGAGGAGCAACAGCACGCCCGCACGCACCUCUUCUGUACGAGUGUGUACCACACAAUGUAGUCACACACACAAAACAACACAAAAUUUGCUGUGCCUUUGUUGACACCAACCUCCAACAUGUGAAUGCGGGCAUGCUGGGCGCUCGUAUGCCGUUUGACACACCAUGUAGGUGAAUCUACGUCCGACUGUGAUGCUUUGUAUGACACAAACAUUAGAGUGUCAAGAGACCGAACAAGAGUCAAAGAAAACGUUUGGGUCUCCUUCGAACACUAGUGGGAUUGCCAUAAAAGUGUAAAAGUCAACUGUG